AUGGAAUCCAAUUCAGUCUCUUCAGCUAAAAUUAGCUAUAUCCCAAUGAGGGUAUUAGACAAGCAGUACUACUAUACUGAUGUGAAAGUCUCCCAACCUCGAAGCGAGGAUAAUGAGGGAAUGAAUGAUCCCUCUGGUGAAAACGCUUUCUUGAUGAUCUUAGAUAGAAGUGGAUCUAUGUGUGGAGGCCCAUGGAAGGCAUUAACUGAAGGAGCUAUCCAAGUCGCAACAAGAAUUUAUGAGCAGAACGAGUUCAAAGAGUUUAGCACUAUGUUUUUUAAUCAUCAAGUUAAGAUGAUGCCAACUACAGAUCUUACAGAUUUCUCAAAUAAGAUUAAUCAAGUGAAGGCUAUGUCUACAACUAAUUUUUCUUCUACUUUUAAAAAGAUUCAGGCUUAUUGUGAAAACAAGAAUUCUCAAGACUUGACUGUUCUCUUCCUGACUGACGGAAACGACACCUGUAACAGCCCAGAAAAUGUUGAAACCGAGUUGCAAAACCUUAAGACAUAUCUUACCACCAAAGAGAUCACUAGCAGGUUCUUUACUAUUGGUUUAUCAAGUGAUCAUGACUCUGUACUUCUCUCAAAAAUAGCUCAGACAGGGUCAGAUCUUGGAAACUUCUUCUAUGUUGACUAUAGUGAGAACAAUACUUAUAACUAUAAGGAUUAUAUCAAGGAAUGUCUGAUCAAAACUUUUGAGAUGGGAAACCCUUCUAAAAGUCUUAGUGCAAAUCUUAACCUAGGUGACUCUAUUAAAAAGAUUAGCUUACUUCCAGCCAGUGAAGAAGAGGAAACAUCUGAAAUCUUACAAUAUUCUGUCCAGGUUAUAUUAGAAGGACUUCCUGAAGGAGAAGUAGAACUCGAGAUAUUAGGAUCAGGAGAAUCUCUCAUUGUCAGACCAGAAGAAGAGCAAACCCCUGAUACUGAAAACUUGCUUAAGACUGAAAUUGGCAUUACCAACCAAGUUUUCUUUGACUUUAUUCAGAAAGUGGUCAACAACAAAAAUCUUGAUGCAGAGGAAGCGAAAGAAGUCUAUGACAAAAUCUCUGUUAUCAAUGAUAGAGUCUCUGAGAUGAUCACAGAAGGAUUCAAGAUUAAGAACAAAGUAAUGAGGAAGAAUGUGAUCCAGUCAUGCCAAACUUUCAAGGAUAAGUGCCACACUGUCAUCGAAACUCUCAGAGAUGUGGUUGUGAAUAAUAAGACCUUGGACUUAUCCAACAUCGCUAAGUUAAAUGAUCUUGCAUACAAGGCUAUCAGGAGCAAGGGUCUCAAGAGAAAGCUCGAUGAAAGAGCAAUCAAGAACAAAGAGCAUUAUAAGGAGCUUGACGAUCAGAUCAAAAAGAAGGUAGAGAGCUUUGAUAUUAGUAAGAUUACUGAGGAGAAUCAAGAGAUUAUUGACUUUGUUGGAGACUGUCCUCUCACCUGUCUCAAUGCAUCUGAAGCUCUUGAAGAAGGUGACUGUUUAGGAAUCUGUCUAGAUAUCUCAAGAUCAACUGCUACAAUUGCUGAUCCUAAUCAACUUAUUGUUAAUGAUGUCAUUCCUACCUUUAUGUGUUGUAGUGCUUAUCUCGAUUCUGCUGCAUAUAACCUUGAAAGAUCAUCUACUGCAGCAGGGACAUUCAACAUCAAGUCUCAAGGUAACUUAGCAACUGGAAUUGGAAGAGAAAAGGUUAAUGGUAUCCUUCCUUUGUAUUUGUUCAAUGACCACUGGGAAAUUUCCAAGAGAACAAUUCCAUCAGUUUUCGGAUUCAUGUGUACAUUAGAUAUUAUGGGUUAUGCUGAUGAUCAAUUUUACACUAUUCCUUACACAGUCCUGUACAAGUGCUAUGAGAAGUGCUUCGAAAAUAAUAAUGACAUCAACCAGAAGAUGCUCAAGGUUGUGCUAGACACUUGUGUACAAAUCCAGAAGAGACAUAAGAUCCAUACUGAAAGAAUCUUGACUGCUCUGAAAGAGUUUGAAAAGGAUCCAAUUAACAGAGGAAAAGACUGCAUCCCAAAUUUCAGGGUGUUCCUGGCUCAAAUCUUGACAGCUAAAGAAGCCGGAAUUAUCUCUGACAUCAAUGAAUACGAUUGGAGCAAGAUCAUUAGAUUCCUAAUAGAAGAAGAAUGCAGAAGGAAUGUUCCAAAGGAUACUGAGCCUCUUACAAUGAGACAACAGAAUAACUUCCUCAAUAAUUCUAAAACCAAGGAGAUCGUUGCUAAGGCUAUGGAGAUUAAGAAUUUGUCUGAGGACGCUAAACUCUCUCAGGAAGAGAUCAUGAAGAUUAUUAGCAAGGAUCCUGAAGAGGAGAAGAAAGGAUCAAAGGAUGAAGAAAUCAAGGAACUUAUUGACUCUGAAGUCGGAUUAAAGCCAUGGAAUUCCCAGCUAGAAAGCCCUGAACACACUAAUACUAAGAUGGUGUCAAAGUUUAACAAGUGUAUCAACAAGAAACUCUCAUGGAUGAAGCCAUUUAUUCACUUCUUGGGCCAUUCUGAGUUGCCAGUUCCCGAAUCAUUAGACCAGUAUCCAAUGUUUAAAGAGCCUGUCGUUGUGUUAGCAAUGGUUUUCCAGAAUCAUAUGCACCCUUCAAACAAAGCCAGAAGAGAAGCUAUUGACAAUAAGACUUACAAGGAAAUAUUAACAAAAGAAGAUGCAGAGUCUUACUUCACUGAGUUGUACAAGAAGAAUCUUGAGCUUGAAAUUUCGGGAGAGGAGACAAGAAUCUUAAUGAUAUUGAAUAACCAAUUUUCCUCAAAUGUUGGAGAAAUGUCCUUGAUUGUACAGAACAUGAAGAGCUUUGCUGGACUUAUCGAAAACCUCAAGGUUGGAGACGGAGGUGUCAAGAAUUUACUCUCAGCAAUGACAAAGAAUACCAGUCUAUCAAUUUAUGAAAAACUGAAGAUCAUCACUACAAGAAACUAUGAAGGAAAGACUAUGUUUGCUGAUAAGUACAAGGUUGACCCUGGAUACUACAAGAUGAGAUCACCAAUAAUGUACAGGCUAUACAUUAUCUAUGUCCAUAAGACAAAGCAGAUGACUCCUGAGCAGUUCCAAGAUAUUUUUCCAAUGGUAAGCACUGAAAGACAUCAAAAGUGGAUCAACAACUAUGAAAAACAUCCUGACACUGUGAGUAUUUAAAUUUUCACCAAACAUCUCUCAUUA